GAUAUACUGACCACAAUAAUCUGCACCUGAAAGUAAUAAAGAAACGGGCGGUUGCUAACAAAGUUCAAAACGUUAAGAGUUUGGAAAGCCUUGUCAACCGCUGGCUAUAAUUGUAUGAAGUUAACAGUAUCCAUUGCAUGAGCAAUUCGUUAUAAUCUUAACGAGGGGAACGAAGAUACAUUCAUUGGCUGUGGAAUCCUUUACUCAGGGCAAAAUGUGGAUCUUUGAAAGAGAAGGCCCUUCUGGAUUCUCAGCUAGUACCACGGCCGAAGAAGUUGCUCAAGGGAUUGAUGGAACAGGCCUGACUGCCAUUGUUACAGGGGCGUCAAGUGGCAUUGGCAAGGAGGCAACAAGGGUGCUUGCCUUACGUGGGGUUCGCGUGAUCAUGGCUGUGAGAAAUACAAAAGCUGGCUCAGCAGUUAAAGAUGCAAUUGUUAAAGAGAUCCCUGCUGCUAUAGUUGAGGUCAUGGAGUUAGAUCUCAGCUCAAUGGCAUCAGUCAGGAAAUUUGCUGCACAAUACAAUGCUACGGGUCUUCCACUGAACAUUCUCAUCAAUAAUGCAGGAGUUAUGGUUUCUAAAUUUAAUCUUUCUAAGGAUGACAUUGAACUCCAUUUUGCAACUAAUUAUUUGGGCCAUUUUCUCUUAACAAACUUGUUGCUAGAUGUAAUGAAAAGUACAGCAGCAGAGAGCAAUGUAGAAGGAAGGAUUGUGGUUGUUUCGUCAUUAGGUCAUCGGUUCGUGUACAAAGAAGGGAUACAAUUUGAUAAAAUCAACGUUGAUACCCGGUACAAAUAUGGGCAAUCAAAGCUUGCCAAUAUACUGCAUGCUGUUGAGCUCUCAAGACGCUUGAAGGAAGAAGGGAUUCCAGUAAUUGUUAAUUCAGUUCAUCCAGGAUCCGUUGUUACUGAUCUUCUGCGCAAUAGCAGCAUUCUCUCUGGUAUUGUUAACCUGAUUGGCAAAUAUUUCUUUAAAAAUGUUCAACAGGGAGCUGCAACUACUUGCUACGCUGCAUUGCAUCCACAAGUCAAGGGAGUCAGCGGAGAGUAUUUUGCAGAUUGUAACUUGUCCCAAGCCAGCCCUUUAGCUAAUGAUGCGGAAUUGGCCAAAAAGCUGUGGGAUUUCAGCUUGAGCUUGAUAGCCCCCCCCCAAGUAAUAUAAUAUCAUGACUUCUAAGGGAGUUUUUUUAGUCAACAAUGGUAUUUUGGGGCUCAUCGUUUCUAUAUCUUACUGUAAUAACGGGCCGCAGCUGUACAAUGUGGGAUCCCGAGCCUCUCCAGUCGAAUGUU